AUGGCAGUCGCGCGGCCAGUUCGAGCUCUGGCCCUAGCCGCCGUGAUGCUCUGGUGCUUCUUCCUUUAUCAGAUUUUUGGCCCCGAAAGGCCGAUAACGAAGCCAGUGCGCUACGAUAACGGGCGUGAUCCCAACCUAGAUCCUACCGGCGAACCGGCAGGUAUUUUAACAUAUGCUUCCGAUAAAUAUGCCCCCGGCAUUGCGGACUCCGCGCGCAUCAAUGCUACCCUGCUGGCGUUGGUGAGGAACGAAGAGCUGGACCAGAUGAUCGGCUCGAUGGUCGACCUCGAAAGGACCUGGAACCACAAGUUCAAUUACCCUUGGACCUUCUUCAACGAAGUUCCAUUCACUGAAGAGUUCAAAAGAAGGACCCAGGCGGCCACCAAGGCUGAGUGCAGAUAUGAGCUCAUCCCGAAGGAACAUUGGGACAUGCCCUCAUGGAUCAACAAGGACCUCUACGAGGAAUCUGUCAAGAUCCUCAAGGAGAAUGAUAUUCAAUACGCCGAUAAGAUAUCGUACCACUCCAUGUGCCGCUGGAACAGUGGCAUGUUCUACAGACACCCCGCCCUGCAGCAUGUUAAAUACUACUGGCGCGUUGAGCCCAAGGUUCACUUCUUCUGCGACGUCGACUACGAUGUCUUCCGCUACAUGCAAGACAACAACAAGACGUAUGGUUUUACUAUCAACCUCUACGAUGCGCCCAAGUCUAUUCCGACGCUAUGGCCUGAAACCGUCAAGUUCCUCGCUCAGCACCCCGAAUACAUUCACGAGAACAAUGCCAUGGACUGGCUUACCGACAAGGCCGGUCGUCCUGAGAAUAACGAAAACGCCAACGGCUACUCGACCUGCCACUUCUGGAGCAACUUUGAGAUCGCCGACAUUGACUUCUGGCGAAGCCAGGCGUAUGAGGACUACUUCAACCAUCUGGACCGCGCUGGAGGCUUCUUUUACGAGAGAUGGGGCGAUGCUCCCGUCCACAGUAUUGCUUUGGGUCUUUUUGAGGAUAAGUCUAAAAUCCAUUGGUUCCGUGAUAUUGGAUACCAACACAUUCCCUUUUUCAACUGCCCGAACUCUCCCAAGUGUAAGGGCUGCGUGACGGGCCGUUUCACCGACGGCGAGGCUUGGCUGCACAAGGACGACUGCCGCCCAAACUGGUUCAAGUACGUUGGCAUGGACUGA